AUAAGAAGCCCCGGAGUAGCAACAGUGUCAGACUCCUGACUCGGGAGCCCUUCCCCACUUUAAAGGGCAACUUUGCUCUGCCCACCACCGAGGCUUCCCCAGCCCUCCCCCAGCCCAGCCAGUGCAGUCCAGCGCCAGCUGAGAGAGAAGAGUGCGGAGAUGGAGGGCAAAGCGCUGCUUCUGAUCGUCCUGAGUUUGUGCUUCCAGAGUCUGGCCGUUGCCUCCUCAAACAGAAGAAGAGAAAAUGAAGAUUUUAACGAUAUUGAAAGUAAGUUUGCCCUAAGGACUCCAGAAGAAAUCACUGAGGAUAGGUGCCAUCUUGUUCCUGGGGACAUUAAUUCUGUGGCUGGAUGUAACUUCAAUCAUAGCAGCAAAACCUUCGUGGUGAUUCAUGGAUGGACGGUGACAGGAAUGUAUGAGAGCUGGGUGCCGAAACUUGUAGGGGCUCUGUUCAAGAGAGAACCAGACUCCAAUGUCAUUGUAGUCGAUUGGUUGAUGAGAGCCCAGCAGCAUUAUCCAGUAUCUGCCGGCUACACAAAGCUGGUAGGACAAGAUGUUGCCAGAUUUAUCAACUGGCUGGCGGAACAGUUCAACUACCCAUGGGACAACGUUCAUCUCUUGGGCUACAGCCUUGGCGCUCAUGCUGCUGGCAUUGCAGGAAGUCUGACAAAUAAAAAAGUUAACAGAAUUACUGGCUUAGAUCCCGCUGGACCUACUUUUGAAUAUGCUGAAGCCACCAGCCGCCUUUCUCCUGAUGAUGCUGAUUUUGUAGAUGUAUUGCACACCUUUACUCGAGGAUCGCCUGGCCGAAGUAUUGGAAUCCAGAAGCCAGUGGGACAUGUUGACAUUUAUCCUAAUGGAGGCUUCUUUCAACCAGGGUGUAAUCUUUUUGAUGCUAUUAACCAAAUUGCAACAAAAGGUCUGGGAGAUAUGGAUCAGCUGGUGAAAUGUUCUCAUGAACGAUCCAUUCAUCUCUUCAUUGACUCCCUUCUGAAUGAAGAAAACCCUAGUAAGGCUUACCGCUGCAGUUCAAAGGAAGCCUUUGAGAAGGGGCUCUGCCUGAGUUGUAGGAAGAAUCGAUGCAACAAUAUGGGCUAUGAGAUCAACAAAGUGAGAGCCAAGAGAAGCAGCAAAAUGUACCUGAAGACCCGUUCUCAGAUGCCCUACAAAGUCUUCCACUAUCAGGUGAAAUUACAUUUUCUUGGAACUGAGAGUGUGACUCAGACCAACCAGGUGUUAUUGAUCUCUCUAUAUGGCACGAUAGCAGAAAGUGAAGAAAUCUCUAUUACUCUGCCUGAAAUGUCCACCAACCAGACUUACUCCUUCCUGAUUUACACGGAGAUAGAUAUUGGCGAGCUGCUCAUGGUGAAACUGCAGUGGAAAAGCGAUUCUUUCUUCAGCUGGUCUGACUGGUGGAGCAGCACUGGCUUUGGCAUCCAGAAAAUCAGAGUCAAAGCAGGAGAAACUCAGAAAAAGGUCGUCUUCUGUUCUAGAGAUAAAAUCUCCCAUCUGAAGAAAGGAAAAGACCCUGUGGUAUUUGUGAAAUGCUAUGACAAACCUCUGAGCAAAAAGGCUGUCUGAAACUUUAUUAGCCUGAAGGAAGAAGAAUUGCACUUAUUCGCAAGGAAUGAAGCAAAUGAAGAAAGUGGGAUUUUAAAUUAAGUCCUAAUGCUUUGGGUGUUUGGAAAUGGAUUCAUCCAAGUAUUUAUGAUGCCAGCUGUAUUAUUAUCAUUAACUCUUUUUUCCUUGUUAGUUAUUAGAGAAGACAGUCUCAGAACAUCAAAAAAAUCCAUCCCUAAAACCAAAACCAAUAUGUUUAAUUUGAGGAAAUACAAUGGUCAAAUAGCACUUGACCUUAACUGAAAAGACAGCCCAUUUCGUGAAAGGCAUGAAAUCUGGACACACUGAGAUCAAAUAUGAAUUACAUCCUAUGGUACUAGUCUAUUUUCUCAUGUGAUGUAUUUUGCAGAUUUCUAACAUUUGCAUGGAGUAGAACCAACGGUUUCUUGUGGUUUGCUCACAACCAGUUCAGACCCACCUGUUUGCCUGACUAAAAGUCUCCCCUCUCUCUUUGAAAGACUCUUAAAGGGAUCUGGCUCAUGAGACAACCAAGAUUAAGUGAGAGAGAGAAUGACUUAAGAAUGUUAAUUAACAGAGCACUCAACCUUUGAAAACUCAGAUAUCCAUCUUCAUGCUACGUUCAAAAGACAUCUCAAAAAGUCUGAUUAGUUUAUUAUUUACUGAGUUACCUACUUUAUCUUGAAAAAAAUAUAUAUAUGUGUGUAUGUGCACGCACAUAUAUAUAUAUACACAUAUACAUGCAUCUCCAUAAAAAUAUAUUUGAACAAAUUUUAUAUUUUAGCAUUAGACCAUAAAGUGAGUCAUUUUUGAAAACAGCCCAUGAAGCCUCUGAUGUCACUCAGAACCUGAAUGAAAAAGGAAGAUGGCAAGUUAAUUGUAUUAUUGUUUUUUUUUUUUUACAAAAGUGAAAAAUUUUCAGAAUGUGAUGGUUUUGUUUAUUUUAUACUGAGUAGAGAGCAUUAAAUAAGAGCCACUUUCCAAAAAUGGAUUGAAUCAAACACAUCUCAAACAGUGUUUUGGAAAUAAAUAAGAACUUUAAUAAAGAUGAGUCACUCUGUGUUCCUUGGUUCUGAUGAUGGACCCCAAAUUGUCUCUAUGGUCUGCCCUCACACAAGUCUCUGAAAAUUCAUUUCCCCCAAAUUGUUUGUUUCUAAUUACAACAAGCAGAAAUAUUAAAAAGUGCUCUUAAAAAAAAAAAAGGAAAAAUGCUCUGAUGAUGUUUCUGUAUCACCAUAACCAACUACAAAUACAACUAAAGGUUUUCAAAUCAUCAGCAGAGAGUUAAUAAACAGUUAUUUGUAAACUAGAUCUCUUUUUUUCCCAAAAGACUUUUGUGUUACAAUAAGAGAGAAGGAUCAAAGAUUGAAAUUAUUGCUGGAGGAUUCAUCCUGUGAACCUCUCCCUUGAACCUAGAUAGAUCUUUCCUUAAGAGUUUGUGUUUACUAUGCUUAUGGGAUAGCAGGUUUUUAAAAAGUGAUAUGCAGACUGUCUUAGAAUGGAGACACUUCUGAAGGUUAUAGAGUCUAGGUCUCUACUCAGAAACAUAAUCAGGCCUCAAUAAUGUAGGUUAAGGCUAAAGUUGUUAAGAAUUGGUUUGGGAUGAAUUCUCUACAAAUAAGAGAGCAGGGUGGUUUGCUGCUGGCAUUCCCCUUCACCACUAACUGACUAAUUGGAAGGAAGUCUACUCUUUUUUUUUUUUUAAGCAAAGACAAAUUUAAGUUAGAACCGAUAGUGAACUGGUCUACAGCACCUAGAACUCCAGCUUCUAAGAAUGUCUACACAUGCAAGAUAUGAUUUGGCUUUAAAUGUUAUUUAUUAGCUGUAAAUAUAUGUGCGUGUGUGCAUGUGUGUGUGUGUAUGUGUGUGUGUGAAAGUGUGUGUGUAUGUAAAGGUAGUUUGUAUAUAUUGACAAGAGUGUCAAGGCUAUCUGCAUUUAUAUACAUGAGGUGCUAACUUUGUAAAUAAUUUUUAAUAGUGAUAUUGUUUCACUGAAGCAAAUUUAGCCUUAUGAAAUAAUGCAGUAGACUGAGCUUUUCAUUAAAAAGACCUUCUUAACUCUGUGAAAAAGUAAAACCUGCUUUUAAUAAAAAUGGUCAAAACUCUA